CCCCGGGCACGUUUCGCGGCGCCCGGACAGAGGCGGAGGAGGUGAGUUCGCCCAGACCCGCGCGGUGGUGUCUCGUCACCAGCGUCCCUGCUCGCAGCCUGUUCGCGCCACAGGAGGUUGUCAGCGGUGGCAGCACUCAUGGCUGGUCCCCUGUGGUGGGCUGCAGUGUUUAUACAGAGACACAGGACAGGCGUCUUGGUAUCUUCCUGCGCAGGACUGUUUGGGGCCCAAGUCUCAUAUCACCUCUUCCCAGAUCCUGUGGUCCAGUGGCUGUACCAGUACUGGCCUCAGGGCCAGCCCGCCCCACUCUCCCUGGACCUGCAGAGCCUCUUCCAGGAGGUGCUUCAGGACAUGGGCGUCCCCUCAGGCCACGGCUACAAGGCCUUCACCACCUUCACCUUCCAGCCAGUGAGUGCCGGCUUCCCACGGCUCCCAGGUGGGGCCGUGGUGGGCAUCCCUGCCAACUUUCUGGGUGGCACAGUGACCAACACUGGCCAGCCUGUGGUGGUACAUGGGCAAAGAGUGGACUGGCACAGCCCAGAAGGUGCCCGGCUGAGAGAUGCCCUGACCCUGUCCCAUGAUGCCCAGAAGUUUGCCUUGGCCAGGGAGGUGGUGUACCUGGAGAGCAGUGCAGCUGCCCUGCAGUCCCUGCCAGCCCCAGCUUGCCUGGCAGGGACCUGGGCACUGGGUGUGGGUGUCAAGCAGGCACUGGGGCUCUAUGGAGGCCCCAUGAACUUACGGGCUGCGUUCAACUUGGUGAUAGCAGUAGUGGGCUUUGUGGCCUAUACCUUUUCCAUGGACUCACUCACUCAUACCCUGGAAGCGUGGCUGGACCGCCGCACGGCCUCCCUGUCCAUAGCCUAUGCCCGAGGGGGCGUGGAGUUCUAUGAGAAGAUUCUGUCAGGCAACCUGGCCCUGCGCAGUCUCCUGGGCAGACGUGGGGAGAAACUGUAUACGCCCAGUGGAAACAUCAACCCCAGACACUUGUUCCGCAUCAAACAUCUACCCUAUACGGUCCGCCGGGACUCUGUGCUGCAGAUGUGGAGGGUGGCCCUCAGCCCAGGCCAGUCCUGAGGGGUCAUCACAAAGACAUUCCAGUCUUGCAGGUACCACCCUGCCAUUGACUCUGGGGGGCUCUCUUGGUGCCUCAGCACCCACAGCCCAACGUCAGAAGCAUCACAGGCUCUGCAGUUAAAUACCCUGAGGUCUACCCUAACCCACCGCUUGUGAACUCUGUAACCUGGGGCAUGUCUCUGUGAACCUGAGUGUUGACUUCCUCAGCUGUAAAACUGAGAUGGUGAAAACUACUUUGCAGGACUGUAGAGCUGUAUGAAAACAUGAACAUAAAGAUCAUGAACACCUGGCAGAGCAUUCCAUAAAUAAACUGGAGGCCCUUCCUUCUUGGUCUCUGAAUACCAGUGGACUGUGGGAGUCUGGCCAUAUCUUCCCCACCAGACAUGCUUGCAGGAUGGAUGUGACCACUAUUAGAGUGAGAACCGCCUCAUAAUUUGCCAAAUCCAAUUAUUCUCUAAUGUGUAGAGAUGAUGAGAGGUUAGCAUGGGCCUGCGAGCUGGGAAAGAUAGACUUGAGGUGGGGCUUUAAGGGUAGGGUAGUAGGGCCCUGUGGACACAAGUGACAUGCUCAGAGAGGUGUGCGCAGCCAACAGGGCUGCUGGGGCACCAGGAAAGCCACUAGCACCCCUGGGUGAGGGAGGGAAGGUGUUCCGGAAUCUGGUGAGAUCUGUAAUGUGAGAGACCUGGCUGGAGCUCUCGCUGAAGGUAGGGGAAGAAGCCAUCGCUAAAUCCAAGGCCAUGCAGGGAGGGAGCCCAGGACAGGGAGCUCAGUGAUGCAGGCCAGCACAGUCAGCCUCCUGGGGCCCAGAGCAUUGUCAGGGCCUGGAGAAGAGGGUGAGCUUGGUUCAUAGCGGGCAGUGGGGUGGAGGUGGGGAGUGGACCACACCUGGGGGUCACACUCAGGAUCCCUAGGAAGGCUGUGUCCUUGCCCUGCUUGUUCCUCAUGAGCCCAUCAGGUGGUGGGUAGAGCACAUCUCCACUUUUGAUCUUUACCUUAGACAAAAGAGGAGGGGGCUGAGCAGAGGAGACCACAGCAGGGCUAGGUGAAGAGACUCAUGAUCAGCAAGCUAGGCCCAACUUGGACACUUGUGUAAUCUUUUCAUUGGAGGUUGUGUUUUUCCCUGGAAGAGUUCUGAAGAAGUCAGGACUUGUCCAUAGUAACUCAGGGUAAAGGGAUGAGGCCACAUCCUGGGAGGACAUGAAACAGCAAGACUGGGGAGCCCAGCACAGGUGGCACAUGUGAGAGGAGAGGGUCAGAUGGGGUUGAUGGUACCUUCCUGCUGGGUCUUUCCCCCUGAACUGGAGUUUGGCUUCGUCCUGUGUCAGCCCAUGUGUCCUUACAUCAGGCUGGGCAGACUUGAGUUCCGGGGGCCCCCUACUCAGCUCUCAGGUCCCUGGUGCUAGGACGGGUGCAGGGCCUGGGUUUGACAAAUGUAUGGAAGGGUAGAUGAGGUAGUGAAUGGCCGAAUGAGCCUAUACUCAGGGAAAUGCCACUUCAUGGGCUCCUCAGGGUAUCACCCUGCUGCUGCUGCUGCUGCUGCAGGUCAGGGGCCACAAGGCCACAUGGAGCCACCUAAUUCUUGGCUGUAGAAGUGCAGUGUGGGAUCUGAUAAGCUCCACCUUCUCACCCCUCGCAACCUCAUCCCAACCACUCAGUACUGUAGGAGCCAAGAUGAAGACAGACAUUCCUGCUGGUCUGCCCAAAUGGUAAGGGUGCCCCAGUGUGGGGGUGGGGAGGGAAUCAGCGCCCUGUAACAGCUCUUGCUUCCCCUACUCCAGUUCACAAACUUGCCACUCAGGUGGGCUGUCCCCAGUGCCCACACAUGCCUUUCAUGGCACCCGAGGCUCACAGAACCCCAGGCCGCACAAUGCUGCUCCUCACGCAUUCCGCACGUCCCACCAAACCCAGCUCAAACCCUUACCCUCCCAGACAGUUCUUCACUUGAGUCAUCCAGCUGUUCUCACCUCUCCCAGCUCUUGAAAAUGCAGGUUGCUUUCCUGCUUAAAACCUUUAGACCAUGACUAGCUUUCUGGCUAAUGCCCCAUCUCCACGCCUGGGUCAGCCUCUCCAACCCAUUUGGUGCCUCGCUUCCUCUGACCCUUUGGAUUCUAGCCUUGCCAGCCUCUUGGUCCCAUAAUACCCUUCCCCACACAGGCCCCUGCGCUAUAUCUGUGAUCUGGGAUGCUCUCUCAUUGUCCAGCCCCUUGCUCAGUUACUUAGGGCUCUUGCUGUAGGAGGUACUCAGGGACAUGACGUGACACUAGUGUCAGUCCUCCCAGAACUUUCUCCGAUCUCACAGUGAAUUCCCUUAUAUGCAGUCACACACUACACUUCUUCCUAGCUCUGACUGCUAACUGUAUGUAAGUUGUCACGUAGUUAGCAGUCUAGCAUUUUAUUUGCUGAAAUAUAAUAUCAACAGGGGCAGGGAUUGUAUGUCUUGUUUACUGUUCCUGUAAUCUCCAUAGGAACCCUGGUGGCUCAGUGCUUAAGAGCUAUGGCUGCCAACCAAAAGGUCAGUGGUUCAAAUCCACCAGCUGCUCCUUGGAAACCCUAUGGGGCAGUUCUGCUCUGUUCUGUAGGGUCGCUAUGAGUCAGAAUUGACUCGACGGCAAUGUUUUUGUUUUCAUAUUUUCCAUAACAUUUUUUGAAUAAAUGAGCAGCACUCUUAACCUACAACAGACACAGCCCUGGCUCCCUAAACCUGUGAGCAAUUACAGGAAGGCUGCAGAGCAUCCUGGACAGUCCCAUCGUGGGCCUAUGCCACAGGACGCCGCGGACAGCACCAUUGUGGAUCUGUGCCGCAGGACACCCUGGGCAACGGCAUCAUGGAUACAUGCUUGACCCUAUCUUCCCAACUUGGUGGCAGUCUCCAAGGGUAGGGUCUGGUCCCAAUCUUCCAUGAUUUCUGACUUCAGUGGAGACACCAGGAGGCUUGGAUCACUUCCUGUAGGGCACAGAUUACUACCCACAGCCCCAGGGAUAGUAGGAGAAAGGUGAACCCCCCAAAUUUUGUGAUAUAUUGUCCCCCUGCACAAAGAUCUCAGAGUUUGGCCCCAGAAAGGUUAGCAUGCUCUAGGGCUUUGCCGCUGGGCCCUGUGGUGGGCAAUCGCCCUGUAAGCAUACCUUGCAACUUUCCUUCUCAGGUGUCCGCUGCAUGACACUGAUGAGCUCUGCCCUGAGUCCCUGGUGACUUGUGGUCCCUUCACUCUCCACGUUCAUGGUUUUCUGGGCAUGAAUGUGGAAAGAGAACAGUCACACACAGACCCAGACUAGGGUGACAUACAGAGAGCUACAUCAUGAAAGACAGAGGUAGCCAGAGUGCAGAGGAGUCAUGGCGCUGACAUUGCCCCUGUCCCCACCCAAUGUCCACAGUGUAGGGCCCCACUCAGCCACGUCUGGAGAUGGACAGACACAGGAACACUCAGUCUCCAUGUGUGCAUAGGCCAGGACCCACAUAGACAUGAGUCCUCACACGGGCCUCCUGUUGGUCUCCUGCCCAUCAGGUCUGUAUAGUGAUGUUUAUGGGACCUUUACUGUACUCUUAGAGGCAUUUUCUCAUUUAUCUUCAAAUUGGGACAUAGCAAUGUCAGUUUUACAGGUGAGGAAAUACUGAGGAGAUGUGAAGAAAUUUGCGCAGUCACAAAGCUUUGUAAGUUACAGAACCAGGAUCUGAAAUGUACGGUCUGGCUCCAGACUCCAUUCCCAGAACACCUCGUUUAUACAACCUUAUUUAUCCUGAAGGUUUUAUGGUACAAACUUGUAGAGUGAACUCUAUAGCCCUUCUUCCCAUGAUGAGUUAGGAGUGUUUCCAGACUUACCUCUUUUAUUAGGAAGUAAUGGUCACUGAGCAGAGCCUUCUGGAAUUCCAGGGGCUAUCCCUUCAGCUAACUGAAGAGGAAGGGGCCACUCAAUGUAUUGUGUUUAGUGCUCAAAUGGUAAUAGGGUGGAAAGCAUAGUAUUAGCUCUAGGCGGUCGCAGCUGAGAAUAAGGAGCCUUAGAAGGCAGGGGGACAGACUGGGCAGCCAGCCCUGCCACUUCAGCAGAGUGACCUUGAGCAAGUGAUUUCACAUCUCUAAUGCUGAGUUUCCUAUUAAAUGGGAAUUUUUUUUUCUUUUUUUUUUACUGUGAUAAAAUACACAUUAACAUAAAAUUUGCCAUUUUAGUCAUUUUUGUUAGUACAUUCACAAUGUCAUGUAAUCCACCACUGUUUCCAGAACUUUUUUAUUAUCUCAAACAGAAACACUGUACCCAUUAAACAGUAACCAAAAGGUUGGCAGUUUGAGUCCCCCCCAGAGGCACUUAAGAAGAAAGGCCUUGCAAUCUACUUCUGAAAUGUUAAAAAAAUAAUUAGGCAUUGAAAAUCCUAUGGCGUACAGCCCGACGCUGACACACAUAGGGUUGCCAUGAGUCAGAACAGACUUGAUGGCUACUGGUUUUUUGUUUUGCUUUUUAAUUGCUUUGGCUAGAACUUCCAGUAGGAUGUUGAGUAGAAGUGGUGAAAGUGACCAUCCUUGUAUUGUUUCUGACCUUAGGGGGAAAGCUUUCAGACUUUCGCUGUUGAGUAUGGUGUUAGCUGUGGGUUUUUCAAAAAUACCCUUCAUCGUGUUGAGGAAGUUCUCUUCUAUCCUAGUUUUCUGAGUGUUUUAUCAUAGAAGCGUGUUGCAUUUUGUUAGAUGCCUUUCUUCGUCAGUUGAAAUGAUAAUACAGUUCCCCCUUCAUCCCAUUAAUGUGGUAUAUUACACUGAGGUUUGUAGGUUGCACCACACUUGCAUUCCUGGGAUAAAUCCACUUGGUCAUGGUGUAUAAUCUUUUUAAUAUGCUGCUGAAUUCAGUUUGCUAGACCUAAUAGUAAUGAACUACGUUAGCUUUUGUUUAUCUGGAUACGUCUUCAUUUCUCCUUCAUUCUGGAAGGGUAGUUUUGCCAGAUAUAGAAUUCUUGGUUGACAGUAUUUUUUCUUUCAGCACUUUAAACAUGUGAUCCCACUGCCUUCUGGCCUCCAUGGUUUCUGCUGAGAAAUCAGCAGUUUAUUUUACUGAGGAUUCUUUGUACAUGAUAUAUCACUUCUCUCUUGCUGCUUUCAAGAUUCUCUCUUUGUCUUUGUCUCUCAGUUUUACUAUAAUAUGUCUCGGUGUGUAUCUGUUUGAGCUUAUUCUUCAUGGAUUUGGUUGAGCUUCUUGGAUGUGUAUAUUUAUGUCUUUCAUCAGAUUUUGGAAAUUUUCUGCCAUUGUUUUUUUAAACAUUUUUUUCUACCCCCUUUUCUUAUCUCCUCCUGGAACUCCUUAGGUGUAUGUGUUGAUAUGCUUGAUGGUGUCCCUUAGACUCUGUUCAUUUUUCUUUAUUCUUUUUUCUUUCUGCUUCUCAGACUGGAUAAUUUCAAUUGUCUUAUCUCCAAGUUUGCUGAUCCUUUUUUCUGCCUGCUCCAAUCUGCUGUUGGACUUCAAAUGAAUUUUUAAUUUUAAUUAUUGUACUUUUAAGCUCCAGAAUUUCUGCCUGAUUUCUUUAAUUUCUAUUUAUUGAUAUUUUUAUUUUGUUCAUACAUCAUUUUCUUGAUUUCCUUUAGUUCUUUGUCCAUAGUUUCCUUUAGCUCAUUGAGCAUAUUCAAGACAGUUGAUAUAACAACAUCUCAGACUAGUAAUUUCCGAUGUGUGCUCUUUGUCAGAGAUGGUUUCUGUCAAAUUAUUUUUUUCCUGUAAUUGGGCCAUAUUUUCCAAUUCCUUUGUAUGUUUUGUAAUUUUCUGUUGAGAACAGGACCUUCUGAGCAUUAUAUGUGGUAACUCUGGAAAUCUGAUCCCUCCACUCCUCAGGGAUUGCUGAUUUUAGCUUGUUGAGGACUGCAACCAUCCAUCUGUGACUUUUCCAAACUAUUUUUGCCAAAUGUGUAUUCCUUGUUGUGUGUGAUCACUGAAGUUCCUUCCUAUUGUAUGUAGAGUUAGCUAGUGACCUGACAAAGAUUUCCUUAAAUGUCUGACUUCAAAAAGGGGAAUAAAAAGGGAUUUGGGCCCUUUAAAUCUUCCAGUAGAUGCCUCUGGGGGGAACCUCUGCAGCCAAGAGAACUGAAACCAAUACAAGCAUCUGUGCCGGUCCCUCAGGGCACCACCAGCCAACCAGAAUGCAUAACGCUACACUUUUGGAGGGUGAGGUCCCCACUGCUUACCUUGGCAGUAGUCAGCUACCUCAGGAAUGUGAGCUCCUGUCCCCACAACCACCGCAAGGCUGAGGAAUGGGGAUGGUAGCUGGUUCAUGCAUGCUGCCCUUUUAUGAAAAGUGAACAGCCUUUCCCUUCAUCAAGCACUACUCUGGCUGUUGUAAGUGUCUGAUCAAGUUCCAGAGACCUGAAAUAAUUGAUUCCAGUCAUUCUUUCCAUCUCAGUGGUUGCUUUAGGGGAGAAACUGAACCCUACAGCUUCCAACUCUGUCUUACUGUGUCUUUAGUACGUAUAUUACAGGGUUGCUUUGACAAUUAAAGUAAAAUAAAGUUUGUGAAAUGUAAUGCCCAGUAAGAGUAUAUGGUAGGCUUUAAAAAAAAAAAAAUGAUUUCUUCAGUGUUAAUCCUUUAAAGUGGUAUAGGUACCAGGUUAUUCAGGCCUUAGAGUUGCUGCACAAAUAUCAGCAAUUCCUUGAGACUGGGAACCUCCCUGGGAACUCACUCCUUCCUAAUACAGGUCUGUGUUUAUAACUUUUCAAAGCCCCAUAAAGGGCAGUUCCUUAGGUACUGUCAGAUGACACCUAAUGGGGCAUUACUUGGCAGCAGCGGAGAUCAAAGGACCCAGGGGACCUUGGGAGAAAUACGACUAGGAAAGAGGUCUUUAAAGUAGGAAAUGGUGUUUUACAGCUACUGUACUAGUAAUUUUUAAAUACUAGAACACUCAGUGUUCUAAACAUUGUGAUAAAAUUGAUACAGGGGUAUGUUCUUGGUGAUGUUUGUGGUAGGCAGCCCCAAUGAUCCUUGCUUCUGGUAUUCUUGGCCUUGUAUAAUCCUCUCUCUUUGCUUUCCUUGCUUCUAACCAAUAGAAUAUGACAGUGUUGAGGGUCAGUUACUUCUGUGAUGAGGUUCCAAAAGAUUAUGACUUCUGUUUUGCUAGCAGACUCUAUUGCAUUCCAAGUCUGAUGAAGAAAGUGGCCAUGUUGAAGAGGCCCAGGUGGCAAGGAACUAAGGGCAACAGCCAGCAAAAGACUGAGAAGCUAAUUGUAAUAGCCCAUAAGGAACUGAAUUCUGCCACCAUCUAUGUGAGUUUAGAAAAGGGUCCUUCCUUGGGGUCAGAUGAGACCCCAGCCUCAGCCAACACCUUCAUUGCAGCCUGUGAGAGACCCUGAAGCAGAGGACCCAGCUAAGCUAUGCAUGAAUACCUGACCCACGGAAACUGAGAUAAUAAAUACAUGUUUUAAACACUA